AUGGAGUUCCAGAACAACCCUCAGGCAUGUCGUCUUGAAUCAGUAUGGGACAAUGAACCAGUCAAGGACCUCAAGUAUGCAUAUGAUGAUCCAAACUCUGAGACAAAGGUUCAUAGCCUCCAAGAAAUCAUCACAUAUCUCAAGUAUCUCAAGGCAAAUGGGGUGGAGCCAAACCAGAAUAAGAAAUCCAAUGUGUACCUACCUUUCAAAUUGAGGAAUGUUUUCAAUGUCUUUGUACUCCUGUGUUUCCUGCCUAUGGUGUAUGCUUCAACUGCAAUGGGCCUUGCAGAGACAUUCACCUCAGCAACUCCAAGGAUCACAGGCUAUGCUAUGGCUGUUAUUCUUAUUUUCAUCCUGUGCAAUGGGGAAUAUCUCCGUCACCAUUAUCUCCAAUCCCAAGCAACCCUUAAUCCCGACUUUCCAUCUUCAUGGAUACGUUGUCUCAGUGCCCACCUAUUCUCCCAGGACUCACUUGCCCUUCCUCAACUGGACCAAAAGACCCAGAACUAUCUUAUCCUUGAAGCUGCAAAUGGACUUGGGCUUUCACAUGAAUUCCUUUCAGACCCACACCUCAUUCAUCCACAACCAACCCUGUUAGGACCCAGUUAUUUUGACUGCCAAGUGUGUGGUGGAUGGUUGAAGCAAACUAGACAAUGUGUGGAUAUAUGGAUUUUGGAGGAUAAUGGUGUCUACAUUGGCCAGCUUGCACAGGGAAACUGCCAGUCCUGCAAUACAUCUCACUUUCCAGAUCGCUAUCACACCUCCAUCAAUGGGAAACUUACCAAUAUCUUUAAUCCUGAUGCAGCUUAUCUCCGCAUUGGAGGUAAUAUCUGGAUUAAUUGGCAAGUUGCUCAAACCCAGUCCAAUCUAUGUUAUACUGCACAUAUGUCAUCUGAGGGCUUUGCAUCAUUCUAUUCACAGCGAUAUGGGAAGGAUAAGAUUUCCCUCCUUCCAAAGCAUGCAUGGAAGUUAUUUGUCUUACAUGAGUCCCUCAAGUUGUGCAAAGCUACCAAUCAUGAGCUUGUUCUUCCAUCACACACAAGCAUCACAGCUUUGGCUUCAAAGAUGCAAGAAAAAAUUUUCCCUGGAGCUGUCAAGACAAUCCAAGAUGGAACUGCACAAGUGACAAUUAAUGAUGAUCAGGAGGUUGAUAUGAUUGUGGUGGAUGGCAUUUGCAUGGGACAUUGCCUUUGUGCAAUGCCUAAAUGCCCUAACCUUCCACUUAAUUUUCACUCAAAGAAACUCUGUGCAGAACAUGAAAGGACCCCCUUGAACUCUGGUGCUUGUAGUCUCCCUGACCAUCAACAACGCUGGGAGGCAUUCUCUAGAACACAUGAUAAGGAGUCAUAUGGAGCAUAUCGCUGGGUCAUAUGGAACCAACAAGGACAAGGCCUUCUUGGAGUUUCAUCCCCAACAGAGGAAUGGGUUAUGAACGCUCACCGCACUGCUCAGCAAGCCCUACCUGCUCCAGAGGAUCCUGAGCAAGUCAUUCCACAUCAUCAUCAUGAUGGUGAGGCACCAUCUCCAAGUGCAUCAUCCCAAUCCACUCCACAUGGGCAGCACACAUGGCAAUAUAGACAUGCCUUGAAACUCUCACCCAUCCAUGUGGUUGUAUUGUGGCUUGGACUAAAUAUAUGGUGUCUGAAAGCCCAACUGUCAGGAACGUGCCAGAUGCGUAUCUGGGUGACCCACAAAGUGCGCGAGGUCGUCCAGGCUCAUAAGGUCGGAGGGGCGGGACUUUAG